GUGAAGACGAGUCGUGCUUUUCCGGGAGGAGCUGCUCGACCAAGUUCAAACGAAGAAGAAGAGUACGAGCAGGCUAGUACUGGAAAUACUCCAGCAGCUUCAUCCUCGACGUCUCCUUCAACGCAGGCAACAGCUGAAAAUUACGGCUCAGUCAUGAUGCGGAUUUGAAGAGAUGAACAAGUUGAUUGAAGAUACAUAGAAGUAGAUCUAGAUCAUCAAGAUCCUGUUGAUCAUGAAUUGUUGUCCCUGUAAGCUCCAAGAAGAGGUGGAUGAACAUCAAG